UUUUCGUAAAUCAAUUAUAAAAAAUUAAAUUAUUUCUAAUUAAGAAAAAUCAAAACUAAAAAAACCUAAAUUAUAGAUAAAAAAAUGGACAAUUAAAGCUAAGCAGAAUUUCUCAUUAUGAAAAACAUUCUCUACUUGGUUUAAACAAGUAAAAAAGCUGUUUAAAGUUAGAGAAAUCUGUUAAAUAAAUGGUUUUAAGACUCUAUAAAAAAUUAUAUAUUAGAGUAAAUAGCAUCACCAUUGAUUGCUAAACAUCUUAAUUGCAGCUCGUCCGCAGAGGUCAAAGUCUUCAUUCGCUAAAAUAUUGAUAAGUCUAAACCUAAAUAUAUGGGAAUAAUUGAGUAAUACUUUUUGAACAUUAACAAAUACAAUCAGGGAGUUGCUUUCAUAGAAAAAUUGAAUCAGAUUAUUUAAAACCCAUAAGAUAUUACAUAAUUAUCAAACAAAAAAUCCUAUAAUAUCAACAAAAUAGCUAGAAAGCAGUUUGCUUGCUAUCUUAUUUUGCAUCUUUUUAUGUCGGAAGAGUAGUGCGAGUUUCCUUCUUUUUAUGAGUUAUGGAAUUCAUGCUUUCCCAAUCAAAUCCAAGUUAAAAAAAAACUCUCUAAAUUUGAUAAAAAGGAAGAAACAAAAAAGUAGAAGCGCAAAUAUGUAAGAAGAUUAUCUUAAAAAGACUCUUUACCAACAUCUCAAAAUGAGUUAAAUAAUAGUCAAAAUACUCUUGAUUUGAAAUUUGAAAUUUAAAAUUAUGAGUCUUCAUCAUCAUUAUCUAAUUAAAGCUUGUUGGAUGAUAAUUACUCUGAUAAAUCACACAUAAAACUAUCUGAAAGUAAUAUGAGUCUAUUUUCUAAAAAACAAAUCAAUAAUAAAAUAUUUGAAGAAAAUACUAAAGAAGAAGAUUUAAUAAACGAUUAUUAGGGAGAUCUCGGUUCUGAAUACAUAUACUAAAAACAAGAAGACAUUGAUUAUCAAUAUUAUUCCUACUAAAAUUAUUAUUAAUAAGAAAUAAAUCAUCAAUAAUCCAUUUGUGAUACCUAAUAAAAUUAAAUACAUUACCAAGAAUAACAGUAAUUGUACUAACAAUUAUAAGAAGAAAAUUAUGAUUAUCCUCCUAUUGAAUUGUCAAACGAAUAAAUCUUUAUCAAUUGGUAAUAAAACUUCAAUGAAAAUAAUUACCAAAUUAAUAAUUGUGGCUAUUAUAAUUAAAUAACCUAAUGUUAUAUCUGA